GCCAAAUCCGAUAAUCUACCAGUGGGCCCUGGUUGACAGCCCAACGCACGGCUCUCCUGUGCGCCUCCGAUGCCGUUUCCCCGAAGCAAAGGGAGACGAAAGCUCAAAAGGUCCCCCCGCUUCCUGUGGUCCACGCACGCACGCAGGCGGCGGUGGUGCCCAUGGCUUCGUGGCUGUUGCUCCCCUUCUCCUCCUUCCCGUGGCCUCCCCCGCCCCCACCAGGCUCCUCCUCCGGCCGCGGCGGCGAUGGCGGCGGAGACGGCGGCGAUUGGAGGCCGACCGUCGUCGCAGCCUUCGCAGGCGUGCAAGUCGGCCGCGCUCUCCGCCGCCGCUUCGCCGGCCUCCUCCGCUCACCGGAGGUGCGACAUCUUGAUGCCUUGCCGAAAAUGGGUAGCUUUUGGUUUGAAGGAUCAGAAUCGCUUGCGACAUUCCACAUUCUUGGCGCGAUAGGGAUUGUGUUCUCUGCACCUUAUGUUUGCAGCUCUGCUCUGUUCAGUGGGAACGGGUCAGGGGGUAGAUACAUCAGCAACGGGAAGUUGUUGUCCAGACGGCCUCGUGGAAUCGAUUCCAAGAAGAGGCUCUGGACUAAUGUCCUUCUUGCUCUUAAUGUCCUGGCUUAUGUCGCUCAGGUAGCAUCACAAGGAAAGCUUCUCAUGUGGGGAGCCAAGAUCAACAGUCUGAUUGAUAGAGGGCAAUUUUGGCGUUUGGCAACAUCAUCUCUACUUCAUGCAAAUCUCACCCACCUUGCAUUCAAUUGUUUCUCUUUGAACUCUAUUGGGCCCAUGGUUGAAAUGUUAAGUGGUCCUAGAAGAUAUCUAGCUGUUUAUUUCAGUUCGGCGCUGGCAGGUUCACUGAUGAGCUACCGUUUUAGUGCGUCACCUGCUGUUGGUGCGUCAGGUGCCAUUUUUGGAUUGGUUGGAGCCUAUGCAGUUUAUAUGUGGAGGCAUAGAAGAUUUUUUGGGAAUUCUAGAGAGAGUUUAGAACAUAUUGGGCGUGUGGUUGUCCUGAAUAUGGGUAUGGGCCUCCUUUCAAGGGGAAUUGAUAACUGGGGCCAUCUGGGAGGCUUGCUUGGGGGAGUUGCCAUGGCAUGGUUCCUAGGUCCGGCAUGGCAAUAUCAGUACGUGGCAAAGGAUGGUAGAGCGGUUUUCAAAGACAGGGCUCCAGUCCUCCGACUAAUAAAGGGGUAGACCUGUGGGUAUUCGUGGAAAUAGCGUGGAAGAGGAUGAAAAGGGGAAAGGGGGUGAAGAUUCAGACAUGCGCCGAGCAAAGGGAGUGGCGAAAAAACAAUUAGGCCCUCUUUGGAAUGAAAGAAUUUCAGAGAAAUCAUACAUGAAUCAGUUCAUUUUUCAUAGAAAAAACACAUGAACCUUAACAUGUAACUAGUUUUGGUGUCGAAACAUUUCACUGCAGAGCUAAUUGCUGAGGAAACACACACGAG